AUGCUCCGUCACUGCCCGCUGCACCGCUGCCUGCCCAUCGGUGUUGCCUGCCGCCUGCUCGGCUUCCAGGCACCACCCACAAGCAAGCACGACCUCCGGAAGAGGUUCGUGCAGCUCACGAAAGAAUGUCACCCAGACCUGCACGCCGACGAUGAGAAGGCCGCGACGGCGAAAAUGGUGCAGCUGACGGAGGCCUACACCUGCCUCAAGAAGCUGCUCGAGCACCGAGUGCAGCACCACCAUGGCACCAACCUCGGUCCGCGGCCCUCCAGCGCAGGUGCGAGCGGCGAGGGCAAUGCGGCAGCGCGCCCGCACGAAGAUGUGUGGGCAGAGGUGGCGGCCAGCUUCCGCGCGCCGGGCUCGUCGAUAAGCCUGCGUGGCUUUACGCUGCCGUGGCAGCGCACCACCAGCAACUCGGUAAUUUCCUCCAUGGAGGCGAAGAUGCGGGAGCCGAAUGUGUCUUUCAGCGACUUUGUACGCUACGCGAGGCACCUCGAGAAGGACCGGCAGACGAAGGAAAACCGCAUCCGCGCAGACGCGGCCAUGGCAAACGGCACGCACGGCUUCACGGCGGAGUACUUCGAGACCGUGCACAAGAACAGCGCUGCCAGGCGUGGGACGGAGCGGUGUGGGCUGCCCAUGACGCACCUCAUGACCCUCGGCGCCUUCUACUACGGUCGUCGACUGCGCAAUGGCAUCGCACAGGCACCGCAGACUGCAUGGCGCACGCUCCGCUACGUCUUUCUCGGCCACUGA